CUCUCUCUCUCUCCAGUGACCUAAAGGCCUUCACUGAGCUACCGAACCUCUGUGUGUUUGUGUAUUUAUACAUCUACUUUCUCUCUCAAGAAGUGUCUAAUUUGCAAGACACAAUGGGCGCUUCGCUACCUCCCAAGGAGGCCAACCUGUUCAAGCUAAUCGUCAAAUCUUAUGAAACAAAACAGUAUAAAAAGGGGCUGAAGGCUGCAGAUGCUAUAUUGAAGAAGUUCCCAGAUCAUGGAGAAACUCUUUCGAUGAAAGGAUUGACAUUGAAUUGUAUGGACCGAAAGUCAGAAGCAUAUGAGCUAGUACGAUUGGGUUUAAAGAAUGACUUGAAAAGCCAUGUUUGCUGGCAUGUUUAUGGGCUUCUGUAUCGGUCAGACAGAGAGUAUAGGGAGGCAAUUAAAUGUUACAGAAAUGCUCUGAGGAUAGAUCCUGACAAUAUUGAAAUCUUGAGGGACCUAUCACUUCUACAGGCACAAAUGCGGGAUUUGUCAGGUUUUGUUGAAACCAGACAACAAUUGUUGACUUUGAAACCAAAUCAUCGCAUGAAUUGGAUUGGUUUUGCAGUUUCUCAUCAUUUGAACUCAAAUGCUUCAAAAGCUAUUGAUAUUCUAGAAGCAUAUGAAGGGACUCUUGAGGAUGAUUAUCCUCCAGAUAAUGAACGUUGUGAGCAUGGUGAAAUGUUGUUAUAUAAGAUAUCUUUAUUGGAGGAAUGUGGAUUGAUUGAGAAAGCUCUUCAGGAGUUGAACAAGAAAGAAUUCAAGAUUGUUGAUAAGUUAUCCUACAAGGAAGAGGAGGUUUCUCUUCUUGUGAAACUUAAUCGCUUUGAAGAAGGUGAAAAGUUGUAUAGAGUUCUCCUAUCAAUGAAUCCUGACAACUACAAAUACUAUGAAGGAUUGCAAAAGUGUGUUGGAUUACACUCAAAGAUUGGUCAAUAUUCAUCUGAAGAAAUUGAUCAGUUGGACACAUUGUACAAAUCACUUGCUCAACAAUACACCUGGUCUUCUGCUGUUAAGAGGAUCCCCUUAGAUUUUCUGGAGGGUGUAAAAUUCCGUGAUGCAGCAGAUAACUAUGUUAGGCCUCUCCUAACAAAGGGUGUCCCUUCACUAUUCUCUGACCUUUCUCCUCUAUAUAAUCACCCUGGAAAGGCUGAUAUUCUUGAAAAAUUACUCCUUGAUAUUGAGGAAUCAAUCAAGACAACUGGUGGAUACCCCGGAAGGUCAGAAAAAGAGCCACCCUCAACACUUAUGUGGACCAUGUUUUAUUUGGCUCAGCAUUAUGACAGACGAGGGCUGUAUGAUAUUGCUCUUGCUAAAAUCGAUGAAGCCAUGCAACACACUCCAACUGUUAUCGAUUUAUACUCUGUCAAGAGCAAGAUAUUAAAACAUGGUGGAGACUUUACAGCAGCUGCUGCUUUAGCAGAUGAAGCUAGGUGCAUGGAUCUUGCAGAUCGUUAUGUAAAUAGUCAAUGUGUCAAACGAAUGUUACAAGCUGAUCAGGUUCCACUUGCAGAAAAGACAGCUGUAUUGUUCACAAAAGAUGGAGAUCAGCACAAUAACCUUCAUGAUAUGCAGUGCAUGUGGUAUGAACUUGCUUCUGGAGAAAGUUAUUUGAGGCAGGGUGAUCUUGGACGUGCUUUGAAAAAAUUCUUGGGUGUAGAGAAACAUUAUGCAGAUAUUACAGAAGAUCAAUUUGAUUUUCAUUCUUAUUGUUUAAGAAAAAUGACUCUGCGUGCUUAUAUUGAAAUGUUAAGGUUUCAAGAUCGACUUCAUGCACAUAAUUACUUUAGGAAGGCAGCAGUUGGAGCUAUAAGAUGUUAUAUUAAGCUGAAGGCUGAAGCACGAGCUAAGAAAGAGGCAGAAGUGAAAAGUGAGGAAGCAGUGGGUGGUGUUUCCAAGUCUGGGAAACGAAAUGUCAAGCCAGUUGAUCCAGAUCCACAUGGAGAGAAGCUAUUACAGACUGAAUAUCCGUUAAUGGAAGCUGGAAAGUAUCUAAAGCUGCUUCAGAAACAUUCAUCUGAUUCCUUGGUGACACAUUUGCUUUCUUUUGAAGUAAAUAUGCGAAAACAAAAGAUCUUGCUUGCAUUACAGGCCCUGAAGCAACUACAACGAUUAGAUGCUGGAAACCCGGACUCUCACCGAUGCUUGAUAAGAUUCUUCCAUAAAGUGGCAUCAAGGCCAGCUCCUGUCACUGAUGGUGAAAAACUGAUUUCUGGUGUCCUUGAAGCAGAGCGACCUACUUUCAGUCAGUUGCAUGACAAAUCUCUGAUGGAGGCAAAUACUAUUUUCCUCGAACAACAUAAAGAUUCCUUGAUGCACAGAGCAGCAGUUGCUGAGAUGAUUUACUGUUUAGAACCAAACAAGAAAGGAGAGGCGAUUAAAUUAAUACAAGAUUCACCCAAUAACCUUGUGUCUAGUAAUGGAUCGGUUAGAGAAUGGAAGCUUAAAGACUGUAUUGCAGUUCGCAAAACAUUGGAGGCUAUUUUCAAUGAUCAUGAUGCUGCAUCCAGAUGGAAAGUCCGAUGUGCAGAUUACUUUCCGUACUCGACCUACUUCGAAGGCCGCCAUUGCUCUACUCUCACCGGAAACAGCGAUUCCAAACAUUCACACGCUGAAAAUGGAUCGAUUCCAUUCCUUCCAUCAAAUGGAAAAGUUUGGAGAGAAAAUGGCACCUCACACAACCAGUUAAAGUAUUUGAUGUCUUUUUAG